UGAACAAAUUGAUUUCACUUGAUCUCUCUUACAAUUACCACUGGGAUCGAUUUAAAGAUGAUUAUAUUUACCUACAAAGGGUAGACAUGAUCACAAGGCUUGUCAAAAACAUGACAAAUAUUAGAGAAAUUCUCUUAAACAGAGUGAACCUGUCUUCGUCACUUCCUGAAUCCUUGGCAAACUUAUCUUCCUUAGAAUCUCUUUCAUUGAGUGGAUGCUAUUUGCAUGGUAGAUUUCCCAAUAAUAUCUUUCUCUUGCCUAAAUUGAAAGUCAUUGAUUUAUCAAGUAAUGAUAUUUUCACUGGUUUUCAUCCAAAGUUUCACAAUGGCAGUAACCUGAGGUCCUUAAUUCUUUCAUCGACAAACCUUUCAGCAACAUUGCCAGAUUCAAUCGGAAACCUCAAGUCCUUGAAUGUUUUGGAUAUCAGUUAUUGUGAUUUUUCAGGCACUCUUCCUUUUUCGUUUCGGAAUCUUUCCGAACUCACAGAGUUAUACCUCUCCGUAAACAACUUCAGUGGCAUUAAUCAGCUUCUUCCUUCAGUAGGAAAACUUUCAAAGCUCACUAUUUUGAACCUUGCUGUGCUUCAACUUAGUGGUGAAGUAGCCUUUUCACUUGGAAACCUCACACGACUGGAAAUUUUAGAUCUUUUUGGAAAUAAUUUCAGUGGUCAAAUCCCAUUUUCAUUUCCAAAUCUAAAAAUGUUGCGAAGUUUAGAUCUCAGUGGUAGUGGUGUCAGCGGUAAUAUUCCAUCUUCAUUUGGAGACCUCAUCAGAUUGGAAGAUUUAGAUCUUUCAUGGAAUGAUGUUAGUGGUAUUCCUCCUUCGAUUGGAAAGCUCACAAGGCUGGAACAUUUAGAUCUUUCGGGUAAUAAUCUUAAUAGUCAAAUUCCUCCGUCGAUUGGAAAGCUCACAAGGCUGGAUUAUUUGGAUCUUCGCUUUACUGGUCUUAGAGAAAUUCCUCCUUCGAUUGGAAAGCUCACAAGGCUGGAACAUUUAGAUCUUUCCUAUAAUAAUCUUAGUGGUCAAAUUCCUCCUUCACUCGGAAACCUCAUAGCGCUGAGAUAUUUAGACAUUUCAAAUAAUAAUUUCAGUGGUAAAUUUCCUUCUUCAUUUGGGAACCUUAGCCUGCUAACCACCUUGAUUAUUUAUCAUAAUUGUUUUGAAGGAGUCAUUCCUUGGUCUCUGUUUACAAUUUCUUCCUUGCAAGAGAUGCGCAUGAAUGAUAAUCAAUUCAGCGGCCCUCUCAAUAUCCAGAAUGUCUCCUCGUCCGAAUUGGAUACAUUGGACAUAAGUGAAAACAAGUUAAAUGGGAAAAUUCCAAAGUCGAUAUCCAAAUUACGAAACCUGAAGGAGUUUAACCUUGGUACAAAUAACUUCAGUGGCACAUUUGAGUUGGGCAACUUGUUAGAGCUGAGUUUGUUAUAUGGUCUUGAUCUCUCAUAUAAUAACAUUUCCAAACUAUCAAAUGCACACAAUAUGACUUCCUUCCUUCACAAUCUUGUUAUUUUCGAUUUGUCUUCUUGCAACAUAUCUGAAUUUCCAGAAAUCUUGAAGUCCCUACCUCGCUUAGAAUGGCUGUAUCUUUCCCACAACAGAAUUGAAGGCCUCAUACCUAAGUGGUUCUUGAGUGUGUCUAUAGACAACUUGUUUUUCUUGGAUCUUUCUCACAAUUUCAUUAGCGGUUGGGAGUUAGGCCAUUCAGUUCUACCUUGGAAUAAAUUACAGUAUCUAAACCUACAUUCCAACAAGCUGCAAGGCCCACUUAUAGUUCCACCGGAUUCCAUAUCUUACUAUAUUACUUCAAACAACAACUUGACUGGUGGCAUUCACCCAUUGUUCUGUAAGUUGAAGAGUCUCCAGUUUCUUGAUGCGUCCAAUAACCUUUUGAAUGGCACUAUUCCGCAUUGUUUGGGUAAAUUAUGUGUACGUACUUCUUCCUCCCACAUCAACUUCACGACAUUGGACCUCAACAACAACCGAUUGCAAGGGAAAUUCCCACACUCUUUGAGGAAAUGCAAACAGUUGGAAAUUCUGAACCUUGGGCAUAAUGAAAUAAAAGACACAUUCCCUUCUUGGCUACCAAAACUUUCACAGUUGCAGGUUCUUGUGUUGCGAAGCAAUAAAUUAUACGGUCCUCUGUGGAAUCCUCAUGACAAUGUUUUUGGAUUUGGAAUGUUGCGGAUUUUUGACUUAUCUUUCAAUGGGUUUACUGGAACUUUACCACCAUAUUACUUCAAAACUUGGAGCUCAAUGAUACAAAUUUCCAACCAAGAUAAGUCAUCAACUGUGAAGUAUAUGGGAGAUGAGGUUGACAUGGUCGCAUAUUAUUAUGCCUCUGUGACAGUGAUGAAUAAGGGUCUAGAAAUGGAAAUGGUGAAGAUCACAACUAUCUUUACUUCCAUUGAUCUCUCGAAUAAUAGAUUUGAAGGAGAAAUUCCAACAAGCCUGGAGAAUCUUCAAUCAUUGGUUGUGCUAAACCUAUCCAGCAACAGUUUUACAGGGCCAAUUCCAUCAUCUUUUGCAAACCUUAAAGAGCUUGAGUCUUUGGAUCUCUGUAAAAACAAGUUGUCAGGUCGAAUCCCACCGCAGCUUGCGGAGCUCACAUAUCUUGAAUAUUUGAACCUGUCCCACAAUCAUCUCACAGGUCCCAUACCACAAGGUACACAAAUAGGAACAUUCCUGGUUUCGGCAUUUGAGGGAAACUCUGGCUUAUGUGGCUUACCUUUGCCCAGAAAAUGUGAAGAUCCCGUUGAGAGACCAAAUUCUGAGGAUGAUGAGCAGGAAUCGGAAUCAAGAUAUGAGUUUGGAUGGAGAGUAGUAGCCUUGGGAUAUGGAUGCGGAUUCGCAAUUGGAGUGGUUGCAGGACAUGUGAUCAUCUCAAAAAGGCCAAAUUGGUUUUCCAAAACAUUUGGUGUCAACAUACAGAGGCAGAGGCAGAGACGAAGGCGAAGAUGAAUCAUCUCUGUUAUGCUGUUGUUAUAUAUGGUGAUAUACAUGGCUAUUUUUCAACUAUACCUCAGGGAAUAAUUGGCGCAUUCUGGUUGGCGGUGCAGGGAGAAAGCUGUUGAUGUGUGGCUGUGUCUUCAUGGGUAUUUUAUUUUAUUUUAUUUUUUUGGUUGGGGUUUGGCAAUUUGAAGUUGUUUUGUUUAAAACUAUAUAUAUAUAUAUAUAUAUGUUUGAAUUGCUUUUGAGUGUUAUUAUGAAGGAAUUGGUGAUCUAUGCUUUUGAUAAUGAUCCUGUAAUAAUUGUGGGUUUAAUUUACUAUUGAAAAGAUGAUACAUUAAUAAUACCAUGUUGCUUUUUGUGA